AUGAGGACAAUUACUUCCUCAGGUGGCAAAGUUGAAAAUGUCUCUGUCAGGAGGACCGAAUCAGGGGACGCGGAAGAGAUCAAUAACCUGAUUACCUCGGCAACCUUUUCUGUGUUUGGAAGAGUCGAUGUGAUUUAUCUGCUAGAGAAGGCCAAUUUGGCUGUGACACUGCACACAGAGAAGAAUGAGGUCCUCGCCCAUGCAGCAUUCCUGGAUCAUCCCAUUGGCGACCUUGCGGAUCAGGCUUUGUGGGAGCCCCUCCUCCAAAACGUUUUCAACGGCAAAAGAUGCUCUCCUCUGAACACACUGUUUCUGCAUCUCUUUGUAGCACAACCCAGCUUCUCAAUUGGAAGUGCUAAGGAGAUUGUGAGGACUGUCUUCAAUGCCAUUGUGGAGCUGCAGUAUAUCUGCCUGGUGACUCCUAAAAGCGGCCCUUUAGAGCCUGCACUGAUGGAGAUCUUUGAACCUAUGAAAUGUGUUAAGCCACCGGACGUGCAAUGCUCUGCAUUCAUCUGCUACAGACACAGCUUUUGCCCACAACUACAUGUUCGCAAAGCCAGAGUGGAGGACCAUGACGACCUGACUGAGAUAUUUGCCGAGAAGACCCAAGCCCUCUGUGCCUCGCAUGGUCCUUACUUCCUGGCAGAGCUCAUCGAGGCUCAAGAUGAGGAGAAUCAUGCCGCAGUGUGUGAAAGCGGAGGUGCUGCCGUUGGAUUUAUGAGUGUCAGUGGAGACAUUAAUUUAAAGCUGCUCAAUGCAUGCUUUGAACUUGGACCAUUCAACGGUCUAUACAAGACAGACCCGUCUGAGGUCACGGCUGAGCCAGUGGAAACAAGUCUUCCAGAAGGAAAUGACAUCAAUAAUCCAAAGGAACAAAACGAGGAGGGUCCACAGGAGGCUGAGCAACUUGAGGAUGUGGCCAGAGAGAAUCUGUCGAAAAGAAACGAGGAUAUAAAACCCAGUAUUAAUCAAUCUAAGGCCUCCGUCACUGAAUCUCACGCUAAGGAGAGACCCAAUGCAUUCUGCAUUCAGCUAUUCGUUAUCGACAAGAGAUUUGAAAUGAGAUCUGUAGAUUUCUUACCCUACGUGUUCAAACUUUUCCCCGAGCGAGAUUACUGCGUUAUCUCAGUGCCCAAAAUGGCUCCAGAGUACCCUCUGCUGCAGUCUUUUCUCCGAGUGGUACCUCAACGCACCAGCACCCUACCCCAAGAACUCUACAUAUUUCAUCGCUCUGGUCUACUGAAAACUGUGGAGGUGAGGGUAGCUUUGUCUGCAGACGUACCCUCUGUGGAGGUUCUGGUUCAGGGUCUCACUUUGUCUGAGUCCCUGCUUGAGGAUCUGGACAGGUUCCUUAACGCCCGCAGAGAUCCGGAUGGGACCCCUAUUCAGGCAUUUGUUGCUCAAGUGCAAGGACAAAUUGCUGGUAUAAUUAUCAUCAGAGAUGAGGAGGAUAUUGAAUACAUCAGAGCCCACUACAACAUUGAGAACUUCAUCUACUUCAGCCAUCACCAGCGUGAGGAGCACAGCCGACUGUGCCACUUUGUGCUUAACCCUGUUUUCCAUCACUACAGCCGUCACUUCCUCAAGGAGGCUCUGCGGUUGGCGCACAAAACCUGCCUCUAUUACCCUGUCUACCCUUCCUACCAAAGCAUGAAGAAUGCCUGUGUCCAUUCAUGUACCUCCGCGCUAAACUACAUGGUCCCCGUACAUCCGCGACAGCAGAUCAUCUACCCCUUGGACGAGCUGGGCGUUAACGCACCAUCCAAACAGAUCACCAAGGAACAGAUUCCUUAUGCGCUGAAUCACUUCAAUAGGAAACUCACAAUGGAACCAAAAGUCACCAUCAAUGCCAGGAUAGUGGUGGUAGGAGCCUCUGACACUGGUUUAUCUUUCCUGGAGACUCUAGUUUUCUGUCCUCAUCUAAGGUUCAAUAAUUUGACCCUCAUUUCCACAAAUGGCUUCCCAUGCUGCUAUACCAAUGACAACAUGAAGUUUCUGUCUUCAAGCCAUGGUUACAGCGACAGGGAUCAUGCCCAACUCUCUCUGCGUUCCUGGAUCAACGUGGUGAGAGGAAAGAUGACAGGCAUCGACAGAGCUGCAAAACACGUCGAGGUGGCCGGAGGCAACAGGGUUCCUUAUGAUCAUCUCGUCCUGUGCACUGGACAGCAGUAUCAGGUUCCCUGUACCACCGGUGCGGAUAUCACGCAACCAGCUGCUAGCGGCCAAGGCUCGGUCCAGCCCACAUGCAGGUACACAGGACCAGUUCCCUCCAACCUCUUCACCCUUAACGACCCACAUGACUGCGUGGAAGCCUUCCAUUGGCUGUUAAGGAACUUUGUGGACCAGGAGGGUAAUGCUGUUGUCUAUGGUAACACCAUAGAUGCAUACACCUGCGUAGAGGCCUUCUUGUGCUUGGGUAUCAGGGGUUCCAGGAUCCACCUGGUCCAUCUACCUGUGGAUACACCUGGCUCCUGCUUCAGCAACCCCAGCGUGGAGAAAGCGGUCAAAAGGGCUCUGGAGAAGAAAGAGGUUCACAUCCAUCACAACUGCUUACUGGCUCAGUUGAAUGAUGGACAACAAGCUGAGACAAUCACUUCUGUGACCUUCACCACGGAUCCUGAGCUGCUCCGACUUGAGUGCUCUGUUUUUAUGAAUUUCUCCAAAAAAGCGGUCGAUUACGAUGCCUUCAAGGCUAUCACAGAUGCCUCCCUGGUGUUUGACGGACGACUGGUCAUAGACAGCACCUUUCACACUAACGACUCCACCAUCCGUGCAGCUGGCCCACUCACCAAGUUCGCCCGUCGCUACUACGCAGACCAGUGGUCCCACGCCAACUUUAACUCAAGGGAAGUGGGCCAGGAACUGGCAGGAGCACUGCUGCCCUUUUUCGACCCCACGCUGGAGCCUGUAGCCAGCCCCCCUCCUGAACUGGACCUCCUCAUCCCAGUCUACAGUCGGCCCAAGAUCCAAGGUGGGAGAUUACCCGGAGGAUACAGUUAUCUCCAUGUUACAAAACCAGUCGUCUGUACCAACAAUGCAACACCUCUACCUGCUAAAAAGGGUCGAGAGAUUGUGACGGGGCGCAUUGAGACAGGAAACUACUUCCAGCUUUGCCUUAAUAUGAAUGGCGUAGUGGAGUCCAUCACCUGUCUUUCUCUGAAAACCAUCCCUGUUUCCAACUACCUGUGUCUGUACGGCAAGCAUGAGCACCUGCUUAACCACCUGUGCUUACGUUACGAUGAAGGCCUCCUCCACGAUCUCUACAGUUAUUUCAGGGAGAGAUGGUGCCUGCCCAUAUACCACGACCGCUUUACAGAUUUUGAGCAAGAGGUUCGUCAAAUCAUGGAGUCAACAAAAGUAGAGGUUGGCAGCGACUCAGUGUCCAUGUCUGAACUCAUUCAGAGGCUUGCGGAUGACAAACUGGAUAUAGAGGAAGAAACAGUGCUUUAUGUCAGGAACUGUUUUGAGAGAAGUGAGGGGUUAACUGCCCUGAACAGAAGCGUUCUCAAUUACUUAAAGUACAACAGAUACCAUCUCCCCAUGUUUGCACAGCCAGGAUUUAUUUUAUAG